CUGGUGCCCGCACAAAACCAGCACCCCCAGGAGUGGGGUGGAGCUGCAGCGCAGCGAGAAGAGCCGCCGGCACGGCCAUGGGAAGGUAAACGCACAGGAGCAAACCACCAGCAAGCUGGGUGAGAAGCCGUAAGCCCUGGGAAGGUGACAGCCAGCCCCCACCAUGGUCUCCAUGGGGCUCCAGCUGCUGGGCUACGCUGUGGCCUUCCUGGGCUACAUCGGCACAUUGAUAGCCAUGCUGCUGCCCAGCUGGAAGACCAGCUCCUACAUCGGCUCCAGCAUCGUGACGGCGGUGAGCUUCACCAAGGGGCUGUGGAUGGAGUGCGCCACAUACAGCACAGGCAUCACCCAGUGUGACAUCUACAGCUCUCUGCUCAACCUGCCUGCCGACAUCCAGGCGGCCCAAGCCCUGAUGGUGAGCUCCUGCACCAUCUCCUCCCUCGCCUGCCUCCUCACCGUCGUGGGCAUGAGGUGCACGGUCUUCAACCAGGGCUCGCCAGCCAAGGACCGGGUGGCCGUGGCGGGCGGCACAGUCUUCAUCCUUGGGGGGCUGCUCUCCUUCAUCCCUCUGGUGUGGAACAUCCAUGUGGUGCUGCAGGAUUUCCACAACCCCGUCCUCCCCGACAGCAUGAAGUUCGAACUUGGGGAGGCGCUUUACCUGGGCAUCAUCUCCUCCCUUCUCUCCCUCGUCGGCGGCUUCAUCCUCUGCACCUCCUGCCCUGCCCGGGACCCAACAGCCACCUAUGCAAGCACCUAUCAGCCCCGGCUGCUGGCGGGCAAGAGCCCCCGGCCCUCCGUCAGCCAGACGCAGAAGACCAAGAGUGAGAUCAACUCCUACAACCUGACAGGAUACGUGUAGCAGCUGUGGGUGGGAACCAGGCUGGCACAUCUCCCGGCUCCCCAAAGCAUCUGGGCUGGCACCAAGGGAGCGCGGUAAGAGGAGAGGACACGGCGGCAUGUUCUGUGCCCAGCACUCUCGCUCACAGGCUUGGGGGGUUUGACCCCACUCUCUCCCCAGGGAUCCUGAGAGCCUUGUGACUGCUUGGAGAUCCCAGGUGGUGGCUUACCAGCUUGGGUCUUGAGGUGAAGGACCUCAUACCCAGUUUCUAUUCCCUCCUCUGUGCUGCCAGCCCACAGGCAGCCUCUGGCACAGUGGGACCCCAGCCCACAGCCCCACAGCCUGCCUGGAUGGGGGUGGGUAGUCUUGUACCCCCAGAGACCAGCCUACGGGCUGUAGAGUCAUCACAGAGGGGCUCAGGGCAUCUGCACGGAUCCAGAGUCACUGCUGGGGGGGUUGAGUGCUGGUUGCAAACUGAUGUCGCAAUAAAUCUGUGUUUCUA